CCCUCGUCCACCCUCCGCGUCCGCCCAUUCCCCCUCCCGCAUCCGCGUUCCUUUCCACUGGCUCCUCCCCCAAAAAAUGGUAUACACUCAUCCGCCCUCCUCCUCUCUGAGAGCAGUGCAGGCUUACACCUUAGACGCGCAGCCCUGCAACCAUGAUGAACAGCACGGAGGAGGGCGACACCAAUAUGAGCAACGACGCACGCGACGCCAAACGCGCGGCCAUGAGGCAGGCGUUCAGCAGCGCAGGCGCACGGAUGCAGGGCAUCCGCGCGAGUGCGCACGAGAGGCUGCAGGGCGCACGGGAGUCUGUCACGCGAGGAGACUACAAAACCGUCGGCGAGUCCCUCGGGAUGUUUGUCAAGGACAAGAUAGACUCAGCGCAGAUGCAGGCUGCCGGCUUUGGAGACAUCGGGUCCAAGCUGGCGGAGAGGCGGAAGGUCGCACAAGAGGCCUUGCUCAACCUGUCCGGCCCUUUGCGCGCCAAGGUCAUGCUGGCGAUCCGGGAGAACGUGAAAGGCGCAGCGCUCGCGGACAAAGACAUGCCGGUGUGCCUCAAGAGGAAGCUUGCCGGAGGCAUCGACCUUCUGUGGGACGACAUCAUGGUGUACGUGGAGAACUCCAUAGAGGACGUGAGGGAAGUGGUGAGAGGCAAGCGGAUCACGGACAUCGAUGAGCUCGGCCAGCUCGGGGCUGAGACGGCACCCACCUGCUGCUCGCCGAGGUGGAUGAGGGCGUUCCUGCUCUACAAGUUCUUGCCCUACGAUCUGUCCAUUUUCGGCCAGAUGAAGGACUUCUGGUUCUGGGUGUUCAUGACGUUGUCCAUGAUCCCGACGUAUGGCAUCCGCAUUACUUUUUUUUUGUUUCUCCUGAUUGCGGAGCUCACUGGAUGCCCAGCGGACGAGUAUCAGUUGGUACAGUUCAUCCUGAUGUUCAAAGGUUGCCAGUUUGUCUCCAGCGGAGUUUGCAUGGCGAUCUACGUCGCGGUCAAGUAUUUCCUGUGCGUUCACAAGGAUGAGCAUCACACCUGCGAGACUAAUGGGCCAGCCGCUGCUCAUAACGAGAUCAGCGCGCUCGUCGACAUCUUCGGGAGCUGUAUACUCGUCUGGUUCGUCUUCUGGACCCGUCGGUUGCGGCAAGUCUGCGUGCUUCGAGUUCGAGGGCGAGCAGAGGGAGGAUGGAGAGCGCCGUGGAUGCUGCCGCGCAGCACGCGGAGCGCCGGGGAGAGGGACAUCGCCAAGCGGGAAAACUCCCAGGGCUCCGACGCUGAAGCAGAGGCGCUGGAGGGCCAAGGAUGCUGCAGGUGCGACUACGUGGAGCACCGUGGCGGCCGGAUGCGAGGCCUGCUGCGGUACGAUCUGGGUCGGCGGGUAUGCUUCAUCCUUAGCGGUCUGUUCUUCGUCCUGCUUACUCUCAUACAGAUCCUGCACCUGAAACCCGGGGAGCUUCGGGACAGUCACCUUGACCAGCACCGCCAGUCGUCCAGCAGGCUCAUUGCGAGCCCUCAUCUUGGUUGGCAUCGGCUCCGGGCCAGGCAGUGUGUAAUUACAUGCGCACCCAAGUCUGGCCUCAAACACGGACGCUUCCUGGGGUGCGUUCUGGCAAGAAUUUCGAUGCAGAUCCAGCCGUAGUGAAGAGGAGGCCAAGAAUAUGCCAGAACCUCCUCAAAGUCUGGAUCCCCGAACCUUCGCUCCUCGAUUCUCGAUCCUCAUCGAGCUGACGGUUUUUGGUACUGGUCAGGUCCCUUGUCCCCAGGAGGAGAUGGAGGCCGAUCACCACAAAGUCCGGGAAGAGCUGCAGGGCUAUACCGAGGGACGCAGAGGCGUAUGCGAGGCGGAGCGUUCCUCCCGCCAGGGCUCAUGCGUUGCGUGUCGAGGGAAGGGCGCCCAGGAGCAGGAGAUAGGGGAAAUGGCGCCCAG